CCUCCAUGCAAUGAAGGGUGUACACCGGCGCGAUAUGCCAAGAGCACCCUCUAGAAUUUCUAUGUGGUACGCCCAGUCUCUCUCUGAUCCUCGCCGCCGUUCCAGGCAAUCGGCUGCAAAAAGUUGCCGCCCGCGAAAGUAGCCUCCGCCUCCGAUUUGGGACUGUUUUUCUGUGGUGAUUGGGCACAUGACGAAGGCUGGCAAGCUUGAAUUAGUAAAGAUAUCCAUCUGCAAGUAUCCACCUCCCAUCUUAUCUCUGAUUAGCGCCUUAUCGGAGGUCAAUCGGGGUUUAUGUCACUACCGUCUCUCACGGCCCGGCCGGACCUCAGCGGGCCUGGGCGGGCCACUCACGGGCCCUACGAUCCGGAGGGACCCCACAGAGCCCCACACGCACCUGGGGGCUUGUUAUCGCAGUCUUUGAGGGGUAUGAUGAUCAGCCUCGGCAAUUGGAAAGUUGGUGAGACACCGAACAUGGUCAGAUGAUCAUUCGAUCGCAAGGUGGAGGAAGUACGGCCUCUCCAGUCAUACGGCGCGUGAAAAUUAGCACGAAUAAGACAAUGAGCAUUGGUAUAUAAGAUGCCCCAUGCUGCUGUAUGCCCAGACGAAAGCCCAGACGACGAUUGAUCCCGCACCAUGCCCUCAGCAGACGCCACAGACUUUGUGCCCUCCGCCCUAGCUCCCAUCUCGCAGCUCAAGGACAUUGAAGCCAAUAAGGGUACCACCGAGCACGUCGAGAACGCUUCUAUCAAGGACGAAGCUCGGGAAAUAGUCCAGUAUGAUGCUCAAGAGGACACCACCAAACCCCGGACUGGCUUGAGGAAGCUCUUGAGGCGAAACCCUUCCGUCGAGUUUAUUCAGGACGUUGCGCUGGCGAAUGAGACUGAGCUCGACCCUGGAGAGGUGAAGAGGGUUGAGCGAAAGAUAUGGUGGCUUAUUGUCCCUGCCCUUGCCAUUGACUAUGCCUUCUACUACAUCGACAAGACAACACUUAGUUAUGCGGCUCUCUUCGAUUUCAAGUCAGAUCUCAACCUUUCUGGUACCGACUACUCCAACCUCUCAUCCAUCUUCUACGUCGGCUGGAUAAUCUGGGCCAUACCCGGCAACCUCCUGCUCGCAAAGUUCCCUCUCGCCAAAUACUUGUCUGUCAACAUCUUCCUAUGGGGCGUCUUCCUCAUGGUCCAAGGUGCUUCGAAGGAUUACGGGGAUAUGGUAGCUUUCCGAUUCGUUUCGGGUAUGUUCGAAGCUGUUGCAGACCCGUGCUUUGUCGCCAUCACCGGAAUGUGGUUUACGCGAAAACAACAGCCUACGAUCAUCGGUCUUUGGUACAGUUUCAAUGGUGUUGGUAUUGCCAUCGGCGGGCUGUUCGGCUAUGGCAUAGGUCAUAUCAAAGGCAACCUUGCCUCGUGGAGAUACGAAUUCAUUAUCAUCGGCGCCCUCUGUUCCGGCUGGGCAAUCGUCAUGGCCAUCCUCAUCCCCGACUCUCCCCACAGCUCCCGCUGGUUCACCCGUCGCGAAGCCGUCGUUGUCAUGUCGCGUAAACGAAACGACUAUCACACUGUCGAGAAGCGGCAGUUGAAGAUGGGCCAGAUUGUGGAGACGUUGACGGACCCGAAGAGUUAUUUGUACUUCUUUUUGGGGUUCUUUGCCAAUGUUCCCAAUGGGGCGACGAGCAACUUCGGGACGCUGGUCAUUAAAGGCCUUAACUUCUCCACAAUGCAAACUACCCUCCUCCAGAUCCCCUACGGCACUUUCAUCGCCCUGAUGAUCUACCUCGCCAUCUACAUCAACCACAAAACCCACCACCUGAACAUCCGUACCUACCUUAUGGCUACCGUCACUAUCAUGACAGUGGUGGGCUUUGCGCUGAUGGCGUUUACGACAGCCACUGCGUCGAGGCUGAUCGGGUACUAUCUUACGGGGUCGAGUAAUGCGGUCUUUGUGUUGGCACUGUCGCUAGUAUCGGGCAAUGUCGGGGGGACGACGAAGAAAGUUCUGAGCUCGGCUGCGAUCUUCUUGGGUGUUGCUUUGGGCAACAUCGUCGGUCGUAAGUCACAUCUCCUUCAAGUCUAUCGUCCGAUUUCAAUCUGACGUCUCGUCUAGCAUACUCAUUCCUCUCCUCCGAAGCGCCUAUCUACAAGACUGGAACGAUCGUCUGCAUGUGUUCUCGUGCCGCCGAAAUCAUCGUCAUCCUCCUCCUCCGUCUUUGCUUUGUGGUUCCCAAUAAGAAGAGGAACCAGAAGUUUGAUGAAGGGGAUGAAGAGUAUGACCCGGCGGUCCAGGUAUUUGAGGAUCUCACGGACAAGGAGAAUGGGCACUUUCGAUAUGUUGCUUGAUGGAGGAGUUAUGGGUCUUGUACUGGUGCAGAGAUCUUACCUUCUGGGAUUGUGUAUUAUAGUAUAGUAUUAUAACGGGUUUUUUCUAGAGCGACGCGAAUCAGAAGCCAGCGGAAGGGUUAAUGUCAUGUUGUAAAGAGAAAAACAAUCAAGUGAUGUACUGUGAAC